AUGAUCGGUGCCUUUCAAGGCGGUUUCACCCUCGAUCGCUUCGGUCGCAAGUUCACUAUCCAGAUGGGCGCUUUGAUCUGCCUCGUCGGCGCAACGCUCCAGGCGGCGGCUCAGAAUUUAUCCAUGAUCCUUGCUGGUCGCAUUUUGGCGGGCUGGGGUGUCGGGAUCAUGUCCAUGUCGGUACCCGUUUACCAAGCCGAAUGUGCUCAUCCCCGCUCAAGGGGCUUGAUCGUGGGGUUGUCACAGCAGAUGAUUGGUGUUGGAUUUAUUGUCAGCACAUGGGUGGGAUAUGGUUCUCUCCGUGCGUCGGAUACCAGUCAACUCCAAUGGCGGUUCCCGUUAGCCUUCCAAGUUGUGCCAGCUCUCGUUCUCGUCAUUGGGAUGGUCUUCGUGCCAGAAUCCCCACGAUUCCUCGUUGAGAAGGGUCAUCAUGCAGAGGCCAUGCGCGUGCUUCGAAGACUGCAUUAUGAUGGUAGCAACGACGACUGGAUUGAGGCAGAGUUUAACGAGAUACGUCAGGCUAGUGACUCUGGAAAGUCUGUCGCAGAGCCUGGUUGGGUGUCGAUGUUCACUGUUGCAAAAUGGCGCACUCGAAUGCUUCAUGGCCUUGCUGUCCAGGUGUUCACUGCGAUGACAGGCGUCAACGUGAUCACAUAUUACCAAACGAUCAUGUACAAAGCUCUAGGUAUCACAGGCAGUCGCAACACACUGGUCGCAGGGAUAUACAACUGUGUGGGCCCACUAGCCAACCUCAUCUUCGUGGUGUUUUUCCUCGACCGAGUCGGGCGGCGGAAACCCCUGCUCUUCGGCACCGUAGCAAUUUCCAUAGCGUUGACCUGUGAGGCAAUCCUCACCUCCCAGAAUCCAGAUGGCCAGCGGAUUCGCAGCAAGGGCAAUGCAUUCGCAGUCGGGAUUGGUAACUGGGCGACCAAUACCUUGUGGAAUCAGGUCUCACCCAUUGCCCUUGGACAGAUUCAGUGGAGACUUUAUUUUGUGUUUGUGGCAUGGAAUCUCUGCGUAUCAUUUCCCAUCAUUUAUUUCUUCUUUCGGGAGACCAAACAGAAGACUUUGGAGGAGAUUGAUCUGCUCUUUGAUCGGUCGCUCGGGGUAUCAGAGGAGGAGGUCCAGAGUGAAAAGGCGGGAUCAACGACGAUUGAAGCAUCAUUUAAGAAUUAA